GUGUUUUUUUCAAAGCAACAGUGGAAGAAAAAAUACUUCAUAUUCUUGAUGAAAGACUUCGGUGUAAUAAAGCGUAUAGCAAUUACCAAAGCCGUCUUAAAUGGUUUAAAAAUCGUUGGAUUUCCUAUUCAAAUCUCAUGUAGUUUAGCUCUGGUUUUGGGUACGAUAAAACUAUUAAAAAGUUUACAGCCUCAGAUGAAAGUAUGGGAUGCGUACUUAGAGGCUCACUCAAAAGAUGCGUGCUUGUGCUAUGGAGAAUGUUCUGAUUAUGAGGACUUGGCUAUUGCGGUAGGAAAUGGUGUUGUUGUUGGAAACAACUCUAUUGGAUUGGGUAGUGCUACUGAUGCAAGGACAUUAGGAGAUGAUGAAAAUAGAAAUGUACGCAUAGAAGAUUUGAGUUAUGAUGCUGAAAAUGAGAUAUUUGUAGGACUAUCUGAAAAUGAUCAAUCAUAUGGUUCUGCACCAUGUUCAGAGUUACCUGAAGUGCGUGAAGUUUCAAAUAAAAAAAGAAGUCAGCCCAAAAGAAGUAGAGUUCAAUGUGAAGCAAAUUCUAGUUCCACUGAAAAUAUUCUUUAGAAAGAGCUCAUGGGAGAGAUUAAAAAACUAACAAGCACUUUUGAAGAAGUUCAUCAUCUUUUAGAGAAAAUAGAUACUAUACUAGAGAAAAGAGAAAGAGAAAUAACAUAUACAACUUGGGAUGCUAUCAAAGAGAUCCCAAAUUUGGACGAAGACAUUCGUCUGAAGGCAUUUGACUUGCUUGACACCAAGUCAAAAAAAGACGGAUUUUUAAAGAUGACUAUCGAAGAAAGAGCUAAUUGGAUAGCUUACAAGAUU